AUGACUGACAUUGAUCAAACUUAUGAAAAAUCCCUCUCAAAAGCCGAAAAGGCUGAUCAGCAAGAUGACCCUGACCAAGCCCUCGGUUCUAUGGGAUAUACCUCGGAGCUUCGCCGUAAUCGCUCAAUGUUUACUCUUCUUUUCCAGUCGCUGGCCAUCGCCGCGGUUCCUUUCGGAGAAAGCACGCUCUUUAUGCAAGUAAUCUACGGUGGAGGUCAACUCUCGAUCUUCGUCGGCUGGAUCAUGGUUUGUCUUCUAGAUCAGUGUAUGGCCAUGUCCCUCGCUGAACUUGCUUAUCGAUACCCAACCUCUGCUGGUCCAUACUAUUGGUCUUUUCAAUUGUCAGGGAAACAUUCCAAGCUCUUGUCCUUCGUCACAGCAUGGAUCUGGUUGAUCGGAAACUGGACCGUGACACUUUCUGUGAACUUCGCAUUCGCGGGAUUGCUAGUUGCUACAGUGUCAAUUUACUCUAAUUGGGAAGCUAAUGACUGGCAACUACUCCUUGUCUUCUACGCAAUUUGCAUUUUGGCCUUUGUGAUUUGUGGUUUUGGCAACCGCUUUCUACCCAUGGUGGACACGAUUUGUGCCGGGUGGACUAUCAUGUCAAUGAUUGUGAUCAUGAUCGUUAUUUGUAUUCCAGCUAAGGCUGGAAGGCAUGAUGCGGCUACUGCACUGGGCUACUAUGACAGCUCACUGUCGGGUUGGGGGAAAUUCUCCUUCUUCAUCGGUCUAUUGCCCCCAGCCUUUAUUUUCUGUGCAAUAGGAAUGAUUACCUCGAUGUCCGAAGAGGUGCGCUCUCCUGCCACAAAGGUACCACAGGCUCUGGCAUUAUGCGUGCCCGUUGGUGGUAUCACCGGCCUUUUCUUUGUGAUGCCUCUGUGCUUCACUCUGCCAGAUUUGACCGAUAUCCUCAAUGCACCAAACGGUCAACCCAUACCAUACAUCUUCCACCGCGUUACUGGGACCCGCGAGGGUGCAGCCGGGCUAGUCUCUCUCAUCAUCGUGACUGGCUUUUUCUGCUCAAUUAGUAUUACCAAUGCUGCAUCUCGCACAACCUGGGCUCUCGCCCGGGACAAGGCUAUCCCUUUGUCGCGGCUAUUUUCCCAUGUUGACGAACGCUUCCGCGUCCCAAUUUGGGCACUGGGUCUAGUGACAGUCGUACAGAUGUUGCUGGGAUUGAUCAACCUAGGCAGCACCAGCGCGUUUACUGCAUUUGUUUCUGUGAGUGUCUUCGCACUCGCCGUCACAUAUGCGAUCCCAAUCAGCCUUUCCUUAUUCGUGGAUCGGCGAGCUGAGGUGCACAAGGCGCCGUGGCAUUGUGGUCGAGCUCUCGGUACAACGGUGAAUAUUAUUUCCCUGGCAUGGAUAGCGUUUCAGCUUGUGCUUUUCAGCAUGCCGUCUGUCCUGCCAGUUACGCCAGUGUCCAUGAACUACGCGUCCGUCGUCUUUGUAGGGCUCACCGUGAUGGCUUCUGUGUGGUAUGUUAUUCACGCAAGAAAAGUUUACAUUGGCCCACCAAUUCUGGAAGAAAGCGACUAG